AUGGCCCGGCGUCGGCGCCGCGCCUGCAUCGCGCUCUUCCUGGUGCUUCUGUUCGCCUUCGGCACGCUCAUGGGCCUGCGUACGCUCAAGGCUCCGGACGGGCUCCCGGUGCUGGGCCCCGGCCUGGAGCUGGCGCCGUUUGAGAGACGUCCGGAGGGUCCCCCCGCGCCCGCCGCCCGAGCCCCGGCCGCGCCCGCCGCGCCGCCCCCGCCGCCGCCGCCGCCGCGCACCGCCGGCCCCCGCAGCUCGCCGGGGCCGGUCCCCGCCGAGGCCGAGGCCGAGGCCGAGGCCGAGCCCGCCCCCGGCCAGAGUCUGCGCGUCUACUCGGACCUGCACGCCUUCUACUACUCGUGGUACGGGAGCCCGCGGCGCGAGGGACACUACAUCCACUGGGACCACGUCAUGGUGCCGCACUGGGACCCAAAGAUCUCCGCCAGCUACCCCCGCGGCCGCCACAGCCCCCCAGACGACUUGGGCUCCAGCUUCUACCCGGAGUUGGGGCCCUACAGUUCGCGGGACCCCGACGUCCUACGGGAGCACAUGACCCAGCUUAAAGAAGCCGCCAUCGGCGUCCUGGUCCUCUCCUGGUACCCACCUGGCAUGGCUGAUGAUAACGGGGAGCCCUCAGAUGAUCUGGUACCUGCCAUUCUGGACAUUGCUCAUCAGUACAACAUCCAGGUGGCCUUCCACAUCCAACCCUACAAGGGCCGGGAUGACAUCACAGUCCAUGACAACAUCAAGUACAUCAUUGACAUGUAUGGCUCCCAUGGCGCAUUUUACCGCUAUAAGAACAGCAUGGGCAAGAGCCUGCCACUCUUUUAUAUCUAUGACUCAUACCUGACGUCCCCUGAGGCCUGGGCCCACCUCUUGACACCAAAUGGACCCCACUCAAUCCGCAACACCCCCUAUGACGGGGUCUUCAUAGCACUGCUGGUGGAGGAGGGCCACACCCAUGACAUCCUUGCCGCAGGAUUCGAUGGCAUGUACACCUACUUUGCCUCCAACGGCUUCUCCUUUGGCUCCUCCCAUCAGAACUGGAAAGCUGUGAAGAACUUCUGUGAUGCCAACAACCUCAUGUUCAUCCCGAGUGUGGGGCCAGGCUAUAUAGACACCAGCAUCAGGCCCUGGAACAAUCACAACACUCGGAACAGGGUCAAUGGCAAGUACUAUGAGACAGCCCUGCAGGCAGCCCUGACUGUGAGGCCGGAGAUCGUCUCCAUCACCUCCUUCAAUGAAUGGCACGAGGGCACUCAGAUCGAGAAGGCUGUUCCCAAAAAGACACCCACUCGACUGUAUUUGGACUAUUUGCCUCACCAGCCCAGUCUUUAUCUGGAGCUGACCCGCCGCUGGGCAGAGCACUUCAUCAAGGAGAAGGAGCAGUGGCUGAUGUGAGGGGCUGCCAUCCAAACCUCAAUGCAAGGUCACUGUGUGGGCUCAGCAGAGGUUGCAGGAGCUCACUAGUCCCCAGUGAGCAGCUGGGUGCUUGUUUGUGGGCCGCCAGCUAGGGCCCAGGUAAAACAGAGCCUGGUCCUCUGGCAGGUGGCCCUGGAGUGCUCUGCAGUGGUGGGAGCAAGGCGCGUUUGGAGGGAGGAGGCUGGCAGGUGGCUGCACACAGCCUGGCAGCUCCCCACCCUCAGGAUGCUUUCCCUGAGCUGCUUCCGGCUCUGAACUCUAUGGCAGGCUGUUUGUGGAAUUACCAGUCACUGAGCUUGGAAGGGUCUGGGGUCCUGAGCUAGCCUGCUUCUUGCUUCCUUCUGCCUUGCUAGCCUCUCUUCAGGCUCCUUCCCAUGUCAUGUCGUCUCAAUAAUAGGGAUCCAGAUUUGAGAGUUCUAAAAGGGAACUUCAAAGGUUUAAGCUUUUUCCAGCAGCUUGAUGAACCCAGUUAUCAGUAAGUAGUCCUAAGCUCUCAUACCUUAUUUCACACCCACUGAGCACCUUACUACUUGCUGGAUGCUGGAGAAAACUCAAGCAAGGUUCCCACCUCCCGAAACUUGUAAGACCCCUUUCCUUACUUGGAGUGGCCUUGCAGCUAGUGCCUGGAAAGUUUCACGCAGGGCUGGGAGUUCAGCUGUACGCUCCAGAGCCUGCCUUCCCCAGAUGGCAUUUAGCUAGAGAGGACUAGUCUCCUCUUCCUCCACCUACCUGAACUGAGUGAGGCCCUCCCUAGCUAUUUUCAUGCUACUGAGAUUUGUGUCAUGUAUGAAGUGGUAUGUUAAUACACAUUCCUGAGUGCUCUCAAGACCUGGCAAAUCCCGGCCUCUGUCAGUUCUGUGGUAAACUGGUGUAUGGCUGGGCUGGUUAUAGUUUUAGCACAAUGAAGAGUGGGCUUGCUUUAAUUACUAGUUUAAAUAAGAUUUCUAGAGAGUGCUUAUUUACAAAUAAACUAACGUCAACUGCAAGGACCCCCAUUAAAGUAGGUCCCUGGACUACCUUCUUGGUGAGAUUCUUAGAAUUCACUUGGAAGAAAAAAGUAAUUGGAAACGAUUAUAUUCAGGAAUCAUAAUCACGGGAAGUGGGGUAAAACGAGGAAGUGGGAAUCUAGGCUAUGUCAAGGAAACCAAGCCCCAAGAAAGGGGAGCAGACAUGGCCAGCUAGCCCAUGCUUAGUUGGGGGAAACCAAUGCAGAAAGAAACCACAGAAAGGGCUGGAUGUGAUCUGUAGUAAUUGUUUCAUGUUUAUACAGUUUCAAAGAUACAGCAAAGCCAGCUGGGACAGGCAGUCAUCCUCAAGGAAACCUGAUUCAGUUCUUUUGAAGGCUAACCUACAUAUAGAGCCAUAAAUGCAUACAUACACUUUGAUCAGAAAUCCUACCUUUAAGGAAAUAGUUCACAACAAAAAUAAACCAUUGACAAGCAUGUUCAGUAGCAACAUUUUUUUAAUAGAGAAAAGCAAAGCUCAGAUGCCCAACAAUAAUCAUGUAACACUCAACAUACAUAUGAAUGAAGACAAAAAGGCUGCCCAUUCCAGUGACAUUAAAUAAAAGGUGUUAUACAUA